AUGGGUGGUAGGCCCAGCUUGAGGAACAGUGACAUCAACUUCAACGCGAGCUAGGGUUGCUUGGUCUUUCCCGAUCAUCUGUGACUCCGGCUUUUAUGUACAGCGGCUAAAGCAGAGGAAGAGACAGAGACAGAAUUACUCGGCCCCAAAAUAUCUCUUGGGCAGUUGGGCGGUAGUUAACCAGAGAUGCCGACUCUUACCAAGCUGUAUACAAUGCAAGAAGCCUCCCAACACAACUCCAAAGAAGAUUGUUGGGUCGUCAUCGAUGGAAAGGUAUAUGAUGUAUCAUCUUAUUUGGAUGAGCACCCUGGCGGGGAUGAUGUAGUCCUUGCAGCAACUGGGAAAGAUGCAACGGACGAUUUUGAAGAUGCCGGGCAUAGCGAAAGUGCAAAGGAGCUCAUGGAGACCUUUUGCAUAGGUGAGCUUGACACAUCCUCCCCGGUCAUUCCAGAACUUGAAAUUUCUUCCAAGAAGCAAACAGAUUAUGCUCAGAAACUCGUGGGAUUGACAAAGCAAUAUUGGGUUGUUCCUGUAGCCGUUGUCGGUAUCUCUGUGGUGCUUGGUUUCUUGCACUUGCGUAAGAAGUAAUGCAACAGAGUCGUUCACUUCCUGGUUGCUGAAAGAAAUUGUCACACAAGUUUUGAAUUCUUGUACUUGCGUAAGAAGUAAUGCAACACAGUCGUUCACUUCCUGGCUGCUGAAAGAAAUUGUCACGCAAGCUUUGAAUAAUUGGUAAUGAUAGCAAUGAAAAGAACCGUCCAAUCGUUAUUUACUUUUGUCUUCCUCUAAAACUUCUAUAUUGGAAUGGAAACAUGAGUGUUAGAUUGGCAUACUGAUUCGGAUGAUCAAUUGAUGCGCAUAUUCUGUUUCCUAUAA